CAAAGAGUUCUGCUGACAUCUGCGGAGUCUGCGCGCGAUUCUCCUUAUUCUCACUCACAAUAUUUGGUAUGUUAAACAAUGCGGUGAAUGUCUUGUCCGAUUGUGCAGGGAUGGAUAGACUCGUGAUCCGUUCGAAGCGAUUGUCAGUGAAAUCUACUUCGCUCAAUUCGAUGGGAGAUUGUGGGUCAAAGAGGAUGACGGACGAUUCGAUGAUCGUUCACUGAGCGAGAAGAGUUAGAAGUGCUUACUAAGUAGCUUGCUUGGAACACUGAUCAUGGCAUCAAAAGGAAUACCACUUCCUCUUCACGACACCCUACAAGACCUUGCUCUUCUGCGGGCUUCUUCUGUGGACCUCUCUGGUCUGAUUGCUGACGAUACGACGUCCUCACAGGCUUCGAAAGAGGCUGAAGGGGUUGAAGAGUCCACAAUCCAAUCAUACGCGUUUGUGAGAGAAGUGCGGACGGCGUUGAAAAUGCACAAUUCGGGAGAAGCGCAAAACCAAGCGACAAGGAUCGAGAAGGUACAAGUGGAGCUAGUAGACGUGUUGAGAAGUUUAUCGGAUUGAGUAGCUGGUUGUGUCUCCGGGCCCAUGAACGUCAGAUAUGUUGACCACGUACACGUCGCGGUUCAUUAAUCAUUCUUGUUGUAAUAUUUGGUAUUCUCAAUCUUCCCACUGCUGCAUAAUUCAAUGAACACGGU